AAUGGCUGAUGCUCGAGCUUCUAUCUGAAGCAAUCUCGUAGUUUGUACGGAGUAGUUAGUCUCUUUGUGUGUGUGUCUGGGUCUCGGGGAGGAAGUUAAAUCACCAGGUCUUUAUCUUGCUGGUUCUUUGUCUGUUUGUCUGUCUGCCUGUCUACCUGUCUGUCUGUCUGCCCUUUCCUUCUCCCCUACUCUUGUCUCUCUCUCUCUCUCUCUUUCUCUCUCUCCCUGGAGGCCUGAGAGGGUGCUUUUUGACUUUACUUUCCUUCCCUUUCCUUUCCUCCCCCUCUGUGGUAGCUGGUAGCUGUCAACGUUAUUCCUCUUGCUUUCAUUCUUAUUUUCAGACUCGUCAGCAGGCUUGUCUGACAUCUCGUGUUUCUAAUUCACUCUGCUUGGUCCCCUCCCCACCUUUCCUCUUCCCCACUGUCUGUUCGCCGGAUCCACUGUAUGAUGGAUCAACACAUUUGAUGCGCUGGCAGCCAUGAAGCAGGCAAUUGAACAAGCAGGAUCUAUGUUCACUGGCUGGAUAUCCUCCUGCUCAUUCUGUGUGCACUCCGGGGAUGACGAGGAGAGUUACCACCAUCAUCAACAAGCCAUGCAGCGCAAAGGUGCCGAACGGGAGAUGAAGAUAUGCCACACCCAGCAACCGCGUCUCAUUCCCCCGAUGAAGCCUUUCGUCUACGAUGAAGCUCCCACCCCGCCACGCCCUCAACCCCGGACUCCAUCCUUCCCCUCAUGGGUGCUCGAAAGCAAGAACCGGGCCAGCAUCUCCCUGAAGAGAAAAUCGACCGCUGCACCGCCCAUCCGCAUCAGUGCCCCGUCCGACUUCCGACGAGUGUCGACUUUCCUGCCCGGCGCUGAUAUUGCAGCCGCAGACGGCGGAUUCUACUCUCCGCUGGAGCUGAGCUUCAACGUCCCGGGCCGCCAGCUUCCAGCGCUUCCUCAUUUCGAUGAUUUCCCUCUCGAGACCGAUCGUCGUUCCCCGAUCAGCACCAUCCGGCCUCCGCGAUCCGUAGCCCUAGCCGACGAGAACGCUCGUCUGCCUCUGUCUCAGCCUCAGCCCCGAAGCCAACAUAGACCAACUUCAUCAUUUCAGCUACCCCGUAAGCCUGUGGGGUCUGGCUCACGUCGUUCGUCCCUCGCAGCGCACGAAUAUCUUGGAUUUGGGGAGAGACAAGCCACCACCACCGCCACCACCACCACUACCACCACCAACAGCAAAAGCAGUGCCUUCAUCCCUCACUUCUCGAGUCGUGGCUCUUCUGCCGUCGCUAUCGUGCCAGGCACGAACACAGACGAGCAAAAUCCACGCCGACAGCCCAACAAUACAGCAGCAGCAGCAGCAGCAGCAUCCAAGCCCCCCAGAACACCAUCCUACCCCCCCAACCUGCAGGACAGGCCCUUACCAAGCAUCCCCACCGCCGAGGAGGAAGCAGAAGAAGGAGAAAACUCCCCGUCAUCGCGAAGCACAACCUCCCACAGUCAUCCUCCCCGAACCCCCUCCGACGACCGCGAGCGAACCCCGUCCCGCUCCGGCCGCGUCACGCAAUGGCUCUUCCAUGCUACGAGCAGCAACAGCAGCAGUCCAACCACCACCAAAAACCACUCCCCGGCCCCAUCUCCUCCCACCUGGCCGAACCUGAACAAGGAAAACCAGUCCCAAAAGAGCGGUAACAGCCCCUUCCGCAUCCGCUCGCGCACCCUCAGCGGAUCGACGCUCGCUUCCUCGAUCACCAAUCUAACCGGAGGAGGCUUCAAGAGCAGCACGGCAACCACCACUUGCCCUGCUCCUGCAGCAGCUGCAUUUCCCGCGAAGGGGAUCUCAAGCAAAGAGCUAGGCAGUCCGUUCACCCCGCGCGUGCCAGAAGACCGCAGCAUGUACCCCACCAUCUUUGAGAGCGAAUAUCACCAGCAGCAGCAGCGGCAGUCUCACCACUCCCACUCCCACUCCCACUCCCACUCCCACUCCCACUCUCACUCCCACCAGGACCAACGCCAAGAAGGAGAGUACGAAGACCUGCGCCAAUCCCAGUACUACGAGAACUACCGCCACUCGGCCGUUGGCCUUGCUUUCUGAAGGUUUCCCACAUCCCCUGAUUCAAAACGCAACGCAACACACUCAAAAACCCUAAUCGUCAAUCCUCAAGAUACAUAACAGACCGACCCCCUGAACGGCCUCCUCACCCGGCCCAUCCCCCGCAAUCCCGUCCAGCUUGGUCUCACUCGUUGUACCCCACCCGCCGGAACCCCCAGUCAAACUCAAAUAUCAAUCUGAUAUCAAUGCCUCUUAUGCCCAUGUCCAUGCCCAAUGCCGAUGCUAAUACCUUAAUGCUCUGUUUAUACCCCCCCUACCCAAAUCCGCUUCUUCUCGAA